GUAAGCAGAGAGAGAUAGCCUCCAAUUAAAGUCCUAUACACACCUUGACCACCCUCUCUCUUCCCUUGGUUUGCCCUUGCUUUGUCUAAAUUGAUCUGAAGAAGCAUCCAAAAACCCAAUCGGUUUUUGUGCCCUAUAGGUAAGAGUUGAAGCAGAAGUCGCAGCGACGCAAUAAGGAAAGUGAGUCAUGGAAGAGAAGAAGGAGGAUAAUCUUCCACCGGGGUUCCGGUUUCAUCCCACGGAUGAAGAGCUCAUCACUUACUAUCUGAUGAACAAGAUAUCGGAUUCUAAUUUCACUGGCAGAGCAAUUACUGACGUGGAUCUCAACAAAUCUGAGCCUUGGGAGCUCCCAGCAAAGGCUAAAAUGGGGGAGAAAGAAUGGUAUUUCUUCAGCCUACGGGAUCGGAAAUACCCGACAGGAGUGCGAACGAACCGAGCAACCAACACUGGGUACUGGAAAACUACGGGGAAGGACAAGGAGAUCUUCAACAGCGUCACCUCCGAGCUGGUUGGCAUGAAGAAGACCCUGGUCUUUUACAAAGGGAGAGCCCCCAGAGGAGAGAAGAGCAACUGGGUGAUGCACGAGUAUCGCAUUCACUCGAAAUCGGCUUUCCGAACUACCAAGGACGAAUGGGUGGUUUGCCGCGUCUUCCAAAAGAGCGCCGGUGCGAAGAAGUACCCAUCCAGCCAAUCCCGGGCCGUCCCUCCCUACAGCCUUGAGAUUGGGUCGAGCGUUGUGCCGCCCGCGAUGAUGCAGCCGGAGAACUUCCAGUUCCUCGGGAGGAACUACAUGAAUGGGGCAGACCUGGCUGAGAUCAACCGGGUCCUGAGGAGUGGGGCGAUGAGUGUGAACCAACCGAUGCCGCCGCAGCUCAACCCUGCAGGCACCGCCGCGGGGUGCUUCACGAUAUCUGGGCUGAACUUGAACCUGGGGGGCACCUCCUCUCAGCCGGUCCUGAGGCCGGUGAUGCAGCCUCCGCCGGGCCCGGCCAUGAGCCACCAAGAUAUGGUUGUCGGCUCGACCAUGAUGAGUAGUAGCACUGCUCUUGUUGGAGAUCAAGCAGGUGGGUAUGGUGGAGAGAUGGCCCAUGCAAAUAUGGGAGGCAAUAGGUACAUGGGGAUGGAGAAUUGCAUGGAGAUGGAUAAUUACUGGCCUCCAGCUUACUGAGUAAGACCUGGUUUGUUCAAGAAAAUGUUAGAGAGGUUGUAGAAGAAUUAGAGAGAUCCGCAUUUUCUGUCUAGAGUUUCAAAUGGGCAAGUACAACGACUCGUAGGCGGGAAAUUGAUAUGGGGUCAUUAACUGUCUUUGUAGUAAGUAUGAUUUGGCAAGUUAGCAAGUUAUUUGCUAGCGUUGGAACAAGAUCAAGGAACACAUCUUGAUCAUAUUUUCCUCUGGUUUCUUUUCUUAACUUGGUCUCUUAUAAGUAAUAAAGCAAAUGAAGUGAUUCAUAUUUUGCAUGGAAA